AUGAAGGUCAUUGUCAUCGGUGCUGGCCUAGGUGGCCUUGCAUGUGCUAUCGCAUGUCGCCGAGAAGGUCUCGCCGUCCUCCUGGUGGAAAGAGCGGCGGAGAUCCUACCAAUCGGUUCCGGAAUCCAGGUCUCCUCCAAUGCAUCGCGAGUCGCGGGACGCCUGGAAAUUCUUCCAGCUUUGAUGAAUAAGGCGAUACAGCCAGAAGCCUUGCAGGUCCGCAGAUAUGACAAUGGCAAAAUAUUACACGUGAGACAGGGUCGGGACAAGAUGGUGGCUAAAUACGGAUCACCGUGGUUCGUGAUCCAUCGCGCAGACUACCACGAAGUCAUGCUAGACGAGGCGAAACGAUUGGGUGUUGAGAUACGGCUGGGCUGCAACGUGGAGAGCCUCGACUUCGGUCACACGGAGGUCGUGCUCGACCAUGGAGAGAGGUUGAAUGCGGAUGUGAUCGUGGGUGCUGAUGGACUUUGGUCAACAACACGAGAGACGCUUUUGGAACGCCCGUCACCACCCCAUGAAACUGGCGACCUAGCAUACAGGGCAACAUUGACCCGCCAACAAAUGUUGGAACUUGAUGAACCCAGAGCGACAGAGUGGUGUGGUCGAGAAGUGGUCAAUGUCUGGUUCGGGCCAGAGAAACAUUGCAUUAUAUAUCCAAUCAGAGGCGGCGAGACCUUUAACAUGGUUCUUACUAGGCCCGAUGAUCUUCCUGCAGGAGUCAGGACGGCGCAGGGCAGCCUAGAAGAAAUGAGGAAGAGCUUUGAAGGCUGGGACUAUUUACUUACAAAGAUGUUGUCAAAAGUUGACUCAGUGUUAAAGUGGAAGCUUUGUCAUCACGAAGAGCUCGAAAAGUGGGUUCGAGGCUCCGUUGUGCUGCUAGGAGAUGCUUGCCACCCAACACUGCCUUACCAAGGGCAAGGAGCUGCGAUGGCUGUGGAAGAUGGAGCCACUCUGGGCCGCUUGUUAGGCUUACUCAACUCUCAUCAAAAACCAUUAGGGUCAUCGAUAGAGAACACUCGAGAGAUCCUAAACCUUUACGAGACGCUGCGAAAGUCAAGGACUACCAUGAAUGUCCGAGGUGCGGCGGAGAACAAAUUUUGGUAUCACCUGUCAGACGGACCGAUGCAAGAGAGGCGAGAUCGCGCUCUGGCUGGAACCUCAGACGACACUGACUGGUGUUGGGUGAAGGAGACGUAUUCAAGAGAACUGCUCGGCUUUGAUGCUGUUGAGGAUGGCGAGCAGGCCUUCUAUUCGUGGCUGGAACAGAAGAGUCUUGCGCCAUGGGGUAGGAGUCAAUCACAUUCAACUUGA